AUGUUUCUAGCGUACCCUAAUCCAUGCUUGGCUGGUCGCCUGAUUCCUAUAGUUCUAGGGUACUCUAAUCCAUGCUGGGCUGGUCACCUUAUGUCCAUGGUACUAGGCUACCCUAAUCCAUGCUGGGCUGGUCACCUUAUUUCCAUGGUUCUAGGGUACCUUAAUCCAUGCUGGGCGGGUCACCUUAUUUCUAUGGUACUAGGCUACCCUAAUCCAUGCUGGGCUGGUCAUCUUAUUUCCAUGGUACUAGAGUACCCUAAUCUAUGCUGGGCUGGUCACCUUAUUUCCAUUGUACUGAGGUACCCUAAUCCAUGCUGGGUUGGUCCCCUGAUUCCUAUAGUUCUAGUAUGCCUAAUCGAUGCUGGGCUGGUCACCUGA